AUGGCGGCGGUGGAUCUGUCGAAGCUGGUGAAGGAGAAGCGCUUCUGGGUGGCCUCCUUCCUCGUCGUAUGGGCAGCAGCGCUGCAGGGCCACAUGAUGUGGAUGCAGCGCCAGGACGCCUUCAAGCACAAGUUCGGCCUUGACGAAGCAGACGGAUCCGACGCCGCGGAUUCCUCCUCUUCCUCUACCUCUUCUUAG